UUUUCCAGUCGCGAGCUCUAAACGGCAUCUGUGAGAAGACGGCCCAGGUGACCUCUGACCCGUCGAAGAGCGAGAUGUCGUGUCUGGAGGAGGUUCACAUCACCAACGUCAAACCUGGGGAGGGACUGGGGAUUUACAUCAAAUCCACGUACGACGGACUUCACGUCAUCACAGGAACCACAGAGAACUCUCCUGCUGAUAAAACCCAGAGGAUUCACGCUGGAGACGAAGUCGUGGAGGUCAACAAACAGACGGUGGUGGGCUGGCAGCUGAAACACCUGGUGGACGCGCUGAGGGCGGAGACCGGAAGCGUCGCCCUGGUGGUGAAGAAGAGGCCGUGCAGCGUCUCCGGCGGCUUCGCACCCGCUCCUCUGAAGAACCUGCGCUGGAGACCGCCGCUCGUUCAGACGUCUCAAAGAUCUUCAGGACUCUACAGACCUCGACAGCCGGAAACUUCAGACGCUCCCGGGACGAGAGGGAGAGCGGCCAUCUUGGAUUUGUACAUCCCUCCUCCUCCUGCAGCGCCGUACGUCCCAACAGACGGGAACACCAACGUGUCUCCAGGUGUCAAACUGAGGCCCAAGUCUCCGAACUCGUGUCUGGACUCAGACACACGGCGUCCCAUCUCUGUUGCAGACGACAUCAGGACGUCCGUCAGCCCCGAACACAACCAGCCAAUCCCUGUCCACUUUCGCCUGCGCUCCUCUACGCGUU